CCUUUCUUUCUUUCUUUCUUUGUUUCUCUCUCUCUCUCUCGCUCUCUCUCUCUCUCUCUUCCUCUCUCUUUCUCUCUCUCUCUCUGUCACUGUUUCUCUCGCGCGACAAAACGAGGCGAGCGGAGGCGAUUAGAAGAAGAGGUGCGCGAGUGAGUGAAACGAGGGAAACUCGAUCGGUUUCGCAAAUCAGUGUCGGAUGAACUGGAAACACGGAUCUUACCGAGUGGAAGAGGAUGGUGACGAGGAGAAGGAGGAGGACGACGACGAAGAAGACGACGAAGACGGCGGCGAAGAUCACGGUGACGAGUACGACGGGUACGAUCGAGGAAACGAUAACGAAGAUCGACGAGACACGAGUUUGAAUUCAGACGCGUCGCACUGUGUUGUUAUGUGUUGUCAUAGUUAUUUCAUUGAAAAAUUAAUUUCACCGUUUUCGAAACACGCACCGAUUUCUGUUUGUGAAACACAAAGUCUGAACAACAACUCCUCUUAAGUUUCUGCCGAAACCGGACUUGAUUAUUUAGACAAAACUUUUGUUCGAGCGUUCCUCAUUUCGAAAUUACGACUAGUAAGAAGAAGAAGAAGAAGAAGAAGAAAAAAAAGAAGAAGAAGAAGACGACGAAAAAACGGAAGAAGAAGAAGAAGAGGAAGAGGAAGAGGA